AACAAACAGUCAUAGUGAUAAGGUAGUUGAUCUUUCAGCUUAACUUUUUUCAGAAAACAACAAUGGCCUCAAUUCCUUGUACUCUCCACUUAACUUUCUCUUCAUCAAGAACCAAUCUUUCUUCUUCAUAUCCAGUAAAGUUGAAUUCUUGCUUUGUGGGUGUUUCAAAAUUGAAAAAUAUAGGAUGGUGUAGACCAAGUAGAUUGGGACCAAGUUGUGGUUCAAGAACCACUUGUUGGUUUAAUUUCAGACAAAAUGCUGAAACUGCUGGUGUUUAUGGUAGUCAAUCUCGUGAUGAUUUUGAUAGAGAUGAUGUUGAGCAGUACUUCAACUACAUGGGCAUGCUUGCUGUUGAAGGAACAUAUGACAAGAUGGAGGCUCUUUUGAGCCAAAACAUACACCCGGUCGAUAUUUUACUGCUGAUGGCUUCCACUGAAGGCGACUUGCCAAAAAUCGAAGAGCUACUGAGAGCCGGAGCAGAUUACACAGUCAAAGAUGCAGACGGACGUACUGCAGUCGACAGGGCUGCUAGCGAUGAAAUCAAAGACUUUAUUGUUAACUUUAAAGCCCAAAAGGCAUAAGGGUAUCAAGUUUUGUUGUUAGCAUUAGUUUUCUUCAUCUUCUUACUUCCGCCAUAAUUUUAGAUCAAGGCCCUUUUACAAUUCCUUCUUUGCUUUUAUAAUGUGAGCUCUGUUAUUUAUCUGUUUUUUUUUGUGAGCGUUGCAUGCUUCAAAACUGUACUUAGUGUACCGUUCAUUCGAGUACUUAUAAAGUUUGCUUUGCUGAUGAA